GAGGGUAGAAGGCGCAAGCAUCUAAAAACCGACCACAACUCCUCCGCAACCGUUCCUUCUCGCCACCUCAGUCGCGCAUAGCUCGUCAUUGUCUUCGGGCGGGAAUAUCUCGAGUAGAUCUUGGAUCUGACCCACUAGCUUCUAACGUCUCAUCCUUGACGCACGUUUGAAGCUUCGUUCAUCUGCGCUUUCAACCACCCGCACCCUAGAUCCACACACCCGCGCAACCCACAUCGCUCGCAAUAAACAACAACCACAGCCAUGGCUUCGACCGAGAACCCCCAAGAGCCUGUUCCUCUUGACACCAUUCCCAUCUCCCCCGAUGGCGGUAUUACCAACGGCACGAAGGAUGAGUCCAGCGACAGCGACCCGGUCACCGUCUUCCAUGACCCGAACAACUUCAACGUCAAGCACCCGUUGAUGAACCCUUGGACCCUCUGGUUCACCAAGCCCCCGUCGGGCAAGGGUGACAACUGGAAUGAGCUGCUCAAGGAGGUCAUUUCGUUCGACUCUGUCGAAGAGUUCUGGGGUAUCUACAACAACAUCACCCCCACCUCUCAGCUUGCUCUCAAGUCCGACUACCACUUGUUCAAGAAGGGCGUCCGCCCCGAAUGGGAGGACCCCCAGAACAAGCACGGUGGCAAGUGGGCUUUCUCUUUCCGCGACAAGAAGCUCAUCGACAUUGACUCUCUUUGGCUUCACGUUAUGCUUGCCGCGAUUGGCGAGACCCUUGAGGAGGAGGGCGACGGCGAGGUCAUGGGUGUUGUCGUCAACGUCCGCAAGGGCUUCUACCGUAUUGGUCUCUGGACGCGCACUGUCGGCAAGCCUUUCCCCGGCGGCGGCGACGGCAACACUGCUGGCGGCAAGGGCAGGAGCGUCGAGCAGGGCAAGGAGGUCCUGAUGAGGAUUGGCCACCGCUUCAAGGAAGCCCUGGGCCUCAAGGACACCGACCAGGUCGAGUUCUCGGGUCAUACGGACAGCGCGCACUCGGGCAGCACUCGCGCGAAGGCCAAGUUCGUCGCGUAAGCGCAGUGAGUCGAACUGGCUGCUCACGAGAGAUCCUCUGAGCUGUUCAUGGCGACGGAUUAUCGAGGUUACGAGUUCAAAAGUAUCCCAAGACGUAGCUGGCACGAGGGGGGGGCGGUUUUUCUCUUCUGGUUACUAUCGACGACGGCUUCAUUGCCGAGGCUUAAGCGAGGAGGGUCUUUUUUAGGCGGCUGACAUUGCAUGGCGUUCACGUUGCAGACAUCGCAAAUGAGAGGUGGAACAAGUGGCCCUCUCGGAUGUCUUAUAUUCUGGGGAAGUGGGAUUCUCAUACAUGGCACGGAUUAGCAUGGCGUUUGCCAGGGUUGCAUCAGACUUUACGAGGGUAUCUUCGGGACAGAGGUUUCUGUGUGCAUAUACAGAACACAAAAGCUUUGCUAUGCUUAGAUGUGUCUAC